AUGGCCGACUCACUCGUGCACUCCUCCGACCCUCUGCAUCCCGCAAACCACAUCUGCGAGCUCUGCAGGAAAUUCUACACCUUCGGUUGGGUGACAGGGACCGGUGGCGGCGUAUCCAUUCGCCACGGCGACAAUGUCUUCAUCGCCCCCUCCGGCGUGCAGAAGGAAUUGAUGCAGCCCACGGAUUUGUUCGUAAUGGAGUACGAGAGCAAAAAGUACCUUCGUCGACCACCUGUCCUCAAACCCUCUGCCUGCACCCCGCUCUUCAUGGCCGCCUUCGAAAAGCGCAACGCCCGCUGCUGCAUCCACACCCACAGCCAAUGGGCCGUCCUCGUAACUCUAAUCAGCGAAGCCGGCCAACAAGGCGCCGACCGUAACGUCUUCUCCAUCUCCGAAAUCGAGCAAAUCAAAGGCAUCUCCCGCGGCGGCGCCGGUAGCGACGAAAUCGCCGAGGGCGGGCGCAAAAUCGGCAAUCUGGGCUACUUCGACACGCUUCGCAUUCCCAUUAUUGAGAAUAUGGCGCAUGAAGAGGAUUUGCGCGAGACGUUGGAGGCGGCGAUUGAGGAGUGGCCGGAGACGUGCGCAGUGUUGGUGCGGAGGCAUGGGUUGUAUGUUUGGGGGAAGGAUGUUGCGCAGGCGAAGACGCAGUGUGAGAGUUUGGAUUAUUUGUUCCAGUUGGCGGUUGAGAUGCAUCGAUUAGGAUUGAAAUGGGUGAAGUGA